AUGGAGGCGCGGCUAGCGGAACUGCUAUUGCGGGAGCAAGAUUGUGUAACUACAACUCCAGAGAUCACCUCAACUCCCGUUACCAGCUCAAAACCAGCACCCUCGACGACACCCAAGAUUGAACCUCCCUAUUCAUCCUGCAAGGAUGUAGCAUCAAAUUUGUCUGGGACCUACUUAAUUCGUGCCAAUAUUGGAAGUGAUGCAUUUCCCGUGUAUUGUGAACAACAGCAGUUUGGUGGCGGGUGGCUCGUAUUUCAGUAUCGAUACGAUGGAUCCGUGGACUUUAAUCACAACUGGACUGAAUUCAAGAAUGGUUUCGGAGAUAUCAAGAAAGAGUUCUGGUUAGGGCUGGAGAAGUUGCACCAGCUCACAUCGGCUCGUGCGAAUGAGUUGAUUGUGGAACUGAAAGACUUUAACGGCACAUAUAAAUAUGCCCGGUAUAACGGAUUUGAGAUCGGAAGUGAAAGCGAGCAGUAUAACCUAAAGACGUUAGGGACAUAUAGUGGAACCGCUGGUGACUCACUGGAGUAUCAUAAGGAGAUGAAGUUCUCGACAGCGGAUCGCGAUAACGACCAAUACAGCACCAAUUGCGCUAUUGAUUAUGAAGGUGCCUGGUGGCACAAAAGUUGUCAUCUUUCACAUUUAAACGGGCGAUAUCUUAACGUACACAGUGAUAAAGCAAUAAGUUGGUACUAUUUCCAAAAUAACCGUCGAGGAAUGAGCUUUUCAAGAAUGAUGAUUCGUCCAGUAAAGUAG